AUGCCGCACAAAAAACUCACGUCCCUGCUCCUAGCCAUAUUGGCUGAUCUCGCCGGUUUAGCCAGUCCGAAACAAGUAACUGUGACAGGCAGAACAGAUCACGUCUAUGCAACAAUCGACGACGGACAAGCUUCACUUCCAUGCGAUUUGAGAUUCUACGAGGCGUCAGUCAUCGAAGAAGUCGUGUGGAGCAGACUUUCAAAAAACAUGGUCAUCUACCGGCUGGACGGAAGCCGCAGCCUGAGUCGGGGCGUUUUCGACUCCCCGAACCACAUAACCCACGAUGAAUGGACGGGGCGAAGCUUCUUCUCCCUCGGCAGGCAGCCUGCACUCCUGAAAAUUGCGCGAAUAGACACGGCCGACAGCGAUCUAUACAUUUGUUCGGUGCGACACGUUGACGGAACCCGAGUAGAUCACAGCAUCGAUUUCACUGUCACAGAUUCGCCAGAAGUUCGCCUCAGCAUCCUGGGCUACGAGAGUCUCGCCGUGAGUGAAGGUGAUGAUGUAUACCUCGAGUGCGAGUUCAAGGCUAAUCCGGAACCUCACACCGUCCUGUGGUACCACAACAGGAAGCUCAUGCCGGAAUAUUUGGUUCCCAUGACCACGGGUCCGCAUCUCAUCUUGAAAGGUGCUAAAUCAUCGGAUUCCGGAGCCUAUUCUUGCUCAGUGGCGAACAUUCUCGGCAACUCCAGCAGCGGCUUGACGCAGCUGAAAGUGAAAUACCGACCCCGAUGCGUCUCAAUAGAGCCGGUCAUAAGUCGCGAAAGCUUGGACAUGUCUCUCAUGAGCUUUGUCUGUCAAGUGAGCUCAGAAGAACCCGCGGAGUUCGAAUGGGAUAUGUUUGACAAUGCCGGCGAAAGGCUCAAUAUUCAGAAACGAAUCUCAUCUCUCAACGCAACGGUCUCACUCAUAGAGAUCCCUCAGGAACAGUUCGCAUCGUCCUCGUCAGCAGGCUUCCGACUGGAAUGUCGAGCUCGGAACUCUAUAGGAAUGCAGACCGAUCCGUGCGCAUAUUCGUAUGUUGCGAGAGACCUCGCCGCGAGAGCCUUCGAUAGUCAGUCGGAUGAAGGGGACGGCUGUGCGGUAUCGUGGAGCGAAGAGUUCGAGUCAGGCGAGCAAUUAAUCGUGACUUGCGCGACGGCUCUCGAGAAUAACAUACCCGACGUAUUUUUCGUGAUCCAGCUCCAAGACGAUCAGGGACGCCUGCUAUUGAACAUAACCUCGACGGAACCAAGAGUGAAAAUCCGCACAGCUCGAUAUCGGCAACUUGAAAAGAUCCGACUUCGGAUAGAGACCGUGGACAAGAGGGGACGCCGCCUGUGGACGGCUAGAGAGAAAGUUGUUGUUCUUAAUCCUCGGAGUGCUCCUCUGGCCAGCUCGUUUGCUCUGGGACGCGAGCAUCUGCUGUUGGGGAAACAUGUUGCAGUUUUCAUGGCAUCUUGUAUAAUGGCAUUUGCUUCGUUCGUCAACCGGUAA